AACGUUCGUGAACAGUUUCGCGGAAGUCUACUCUGCAUUGGCACGUCCUUUCAACCAUGCCUGUUUUCCUCGUCUGAACAUCAUUUUUUAUGUCUUUUUGUUCUGGCGUCACUUCGUGGACGAGAUGUUCACCAAUAUUUCAGUCUUGUGUAACGCAUUCGCUCAAUCGAGCGGCGACAUCUUUUCCCACGAACACAUCAGGAUUACAAAAAUUCGAUCACAGCAUUCCAAGUUACAACCGCUUUUCAAUAUCUUUGAUCAGUGCACUUCAUUUGGAAGAAAGUACCUAUAUCAGAGCCAGCAUUCCCCAACAUCCGGUAAAAUCGUGUACCCUUAUUCCUGCCCUCGACGCCUCGCGUAAAACACAAGCAGCCACCAACGUGGAUGGACAGAGAUAUUUCCAAUACUGCUCAACCACGCAAGAUGCCAUCCAAUCAACUUCUACAAAUGUUACCAAGUUACCUACAUCCAACCCAAUCAGCAUGUUGUGUUCAGAUGAUGAGUUCCACAAGUGUAUGCUGCACUGAUGAGUGAUCUCCUUUGCUGGUGGAGAUUAGGAAGUUGGGAGGGCGUCAUGUAAGCUUUUAUAGACUGGAAAAUCCCCGUUCCUAAAUUGUGUAUUGAAGACUUUGAGCUUACUUGUUCUGUAGCACUAGCUUCCUACGACCGUUGGAUGUCUCUUCGCAAAUCAGUCACUACAGUCAUAUAUAAACAAACUCCAUCAUGCGCAGCUCCAUCCUCACGGCGAGCUCGAGUGGGCAGGCAACGAGUGUUAGUACUACGACGGGGAGAACUGGGUCGUCAAGUGCAAAGGCUUCGAGCACGAUUUCUGCUGGAGCUGCGCAGACCAAUGCUUUCGUUGCUAUUAUUGUGGGUGCUGUUGGGUUCUUGGGGAUGGCUCUUGUUUUGCAGAGAGGACUUUAAUGUCAUUGCAAGGAAACUCAUGUUUUGUUAAGUUGGAAUAGUAACAGGGAUCUACUGAUAAUAAUCGAUUUUCCCGGGGGGAUCAAAAGUAAUGCUAGUUUUGAGAUUACAAUUACAUGGCCAAUUACGUUUGUAAAUAAACAAUGAACCGC